AUGGAAGCCCCAUCGACUUCAUCUGCUUCCCCGUCUCAACUAGGAUCUUCCUGUGAUGCCGCUGACGAGAUCUCGGAUGCAUCUCGAGUAAGUACCUACCAUACAUAAUAAUAACUGAUUAGCCCUUUGAAAUUUACCGAAAUAAAUUUCCUUUUUUACUCUUUUCUUCACACAGGAAUGCGUUGGUCCAGAAAAUAUAGAAGGUUUCGGUGAGGUCCACGACUUGGCAAACUAUCUUGUCUGUCUUCGUGAUCAAGAAAGGCCCCUGGACAACGGCCAAGCAGACACAAUUUUAAAACUGUGGGCUGCUUUGUCAGACUAUGACAAGAGACCUACCGUAUUUUCUCCACGCUUCUUAAGUACGUCACCUCGAGGGAGGUUUAAAGCCUCUAAGUCAACUGUUGCUCCUGGAGUUGAAGCUACCCGCCGGUAAUCAUUAUAGAUUUACCAAUUUGUUGUAUUGUUAGGAAGACGUAUUAUUUCAACAAUUGCUCUAUUACUACGGAAGAUUAAUGGUUUCAUUUUGCUUCAGGUGCUUCCUUGGUCAAAACGCUGGCCCUGCCCAGCGACCUGAUUGCAACAGAUAUAUGCAGGCUAUCAUCGACAAACUUUGUGCUGCCUAUCCAGGAAACGUGGUCCAGAAUGGGAAUAGGGUGUUGUGGUGGACAUUGAUCUUGAGAGCCUACCAAAACAUCAAAACCCUGGUAGUGCAGUGUUCAAAGGUGAUGAGCGAUACGGCAAUCCAGCUGGUUGACAUCAAUCAGUCUACAUUAACACAGUGGUACGUUAACUUAAACAAUACGAAUAAAUAUUUCAGUUCUUAGCUCGGCCGCUUAUCUGCGCACACAUUAAACUCCCACAUUAAAUCCCAUCAGCUACGUAUUCUUUAAUCUAUAUUCACCAAAUACACAUUAAAAUCCACUUUUCUUUGGUUGAAAAGGUUUAACAAAAAAUCCAAGGAGACUGAGCGACAAGUUUUGGAACAAGGGAUCACUCUCCCAACCCCAUCUAUGACAGCACCAGCUCCGUUGCCUGCCGCCAUGGCCCGCCCACAAGAACUUCUCACUGGUACAAGUGAAGAGCACCAGUUCCAUCUUCCUACAAAUGCCGCUGGCGCUGCAAAAACAGCACGCAGACCACGAACUAUCCUGCCCAAUCAACCCACGACAGUGUUGCCAUCCUUCUCCCUUUCGGCAACGCCCUUUCCUCCUGGUGCAGUGCUAUUCUCGCCACAAUCAACAACUACACAUGUUCCCCAACCCCAAGGUAUACCAGCAGCCGAACCACAGGUACUGUCAUCCACCAUGUCCUACAGAAGAAAGCGGCUGCAAAAAGAGCUUGAAGGCAACGUUCAAAGAAAAAGAUACAACAGGAAGGAUGGCACUACCUGCAAGUAG